AUGACUACUACUGUUCUCCCAUCUGGUGACUUUCAGACGGCUGUCGAUGAUGUGCUUGAAAUUUUCUGUCUUAUCUGGCUUGAUGCUAAUACGAACGCUCAAGAGGUUCGACAUACAGAACAAAAACUACGUUCUAUCAUUAAUCGACUGAAGAAGUUUCAAGAUGUAGCACAAUGCCAAAAGUAUAUUGAAGAACGAUCACAAAAUGAACGAGUAGUCAUGAUUGUUAGUGGUCAAUUGGGAAGAACAAUAGUCCCCACUAUUUAUAAACUUCGACAAGUUAUAUCAAUCUAUGUGUACUGUAUGGAUAAGGAAGGUAAUGAAAAAUGGGCUUGCAAAUUUGGAAAAGUAAAAGCUGUCAUGGUUGACCUUAAUGAACUCAUUUCUCGAAUAAAAGCUGAUCAUAAAAUUCAGAAAAUAGUGGAAGAACCAUUUUCAAUCAAUAUUUUUACUACCAGUGCUGGUGCAGGUACAUCAACAAUGGGUAUAAAUGGUCAGUUUGUUUUUUUUCAAGUUCUCAUCGAUUGUCUUCUACGACUAAAAUGUACUCAAACAGAUACAGAAGAACUUAUUAACCGUUGUAAACAACAGUAUGAAGGUAACAGUGUCGAGUUGAACAACCUUAAUAAGUUUCAAAAGGAUUAUUCACCUGACAAAGUCUUAUGGUGGUAUACACAAGAAUCAUUCUUUUACAAAACUCUUAAUGCAGCUCUACGCAACCAAAAUAUUCAUAUGAUUUUUCUAUUUCGAGCGUUUAUUGCCGAUAUUUAUCUCCAAUUGAAAAACUAUCAAGCUAAACAUCCUUUGAGAGUUUAUCGAGGCCAAAUGAUAUCCAGUGAUGAGCUACUAACUUUGAAAAAAUAUUGCGGUCAGUUCAUUUCAGUGAAUUCAUUUUUUUCCACCAGUAUUUCUUAUCAGCAAGCUCAUUCAUUUCUCAACGUUUCUUAUGCAACAGACAAUUUAGAACCAAUCUUAUUUGAAAUCGAUGCCCAUCCUAAGAUGGUCACUACAAAACCAUUCGCAGAUAUCAGUGCACAUAGUGAUUUUUCUGGCGAAUCAGAAAUACUUUUUAUGCUUGGUUCUAUUUUUCGCUUGGACAGCAUCGAUCGCAGCAAAGAUGGUAGCGUAUGGAUCAUCCGAAUGACUCUAUGUAGUGAUGAUGAACAUGACUUAAAGCAAGUUCUCGUGGAUAUGAAACAGCAGCUGGGCACUGGAGAGGUAGACCUUCAAACAUUAGGAAAGCUAUUAUGGGACAUGGGAAAGUUUGAUUUGGCUGAAAAAUACUUCAAUCGUUUGUUAGAGCAACUUUCACCAAGUAGUCAUUUACUUGGUAAUCUGUAUGAAGAUCUUGCCAAACUCGCAUCGCAUGUCGGUGAUUAUGACAAGAGUGUUCAAUGGCGUAAAAAGGCUCUCGAAUUCAAAAACCAGCAUCAAUCAACUUCCAUCUCUAGUAUUGAUAAAGCAAAGAAGUCUAUUGGAACAUAUAUCCCAGGUUCAUCACUUCGUUCGGCUGUACGUGCUGAUCUUGAUACACGUUCUAUUCGUUGUUAUGGACCUGGUCUCGAUUCAAACGGAGUAUUUCUUGAAAGUCCAACUGACUUUACUGUUGAUGCUAAAUUAGUAACGGGUAGUGGUUCAGGUCAUGUUGAAUGUUUAUUAACAUCACCAAGUGAUCGUGUUGUUCGAUGUCCUGUUAAAAAUAUGUCCGAUGGAACUUAUCUUGUUCAAUAUACACCUUAUGAACCAGGCAUGCAUCAAUUAGAAGUGACCUAUGAAAAUAUUCCUGUUCCUGGUAGUCCAUUUCGUGUAAGUGCUGUUCCAGGUUGUGAUUCAACACGUGUACGUGCCUAUGGAUCUGGCCUUGAAAAUGCAACAACAAAUGCACCAACAACAUUUACAAUUGAAACAAAAAGUGCUGGACAAGGUAGUCUUGCUUUAACAAUUGAAGGACCAUCCGAAGCUAAAAUGGUUUGUAAAGAUAAUCAAGAUGGUACUUGUGUUAUGGAGUAUUUACCUACAAAAGCUGGUCAAUAUGAUAUAGCAAUUAAAUUUGCUGAACAUCAUAUUCCAGGCUCACCAUUCUGCGUCAAUGUACAUGAUCGACUUAAUGCUAAUCAUGUUAAUGUUAAAAUGAGUUUAACUAUGCGUGCUAAUGUUUUACAAGAAAUUACAAUCGAUGGGCAAACAGCUGAACCAGGCAGUCCAUCAAUUGAUAUUACUGAUAUACAUGCAGAACAUGAUGAACUUCAACAAGAAUUAGCUGCUAUUGGUAGUGAAAAAUGUGCAUUUAUUUAUGAAAAACGUCGACUUGAAGCAUAUAUAACACAAUUGGAAGAAGAAUUAGAAGAAGAACAAACAAAUACAGAAAUAAUUUGUGAUAAACAUAAAAAAUUAGCAAUAAUUGUUGAACAACUUAUGCUUGAUCUUGCUGCUGAAAAAGUUAAUAAUCAAAAAGCUUAA